CAACUCAAUGCUCAUUCUCACAUGCUCACUGCGGCUUCUCAAUUCUCAGCGUAACUCUAAAAAUGCAGUGACUGCACUGUACCCCUUUUGUAAAGAGUUACAAUUCCAUUUUCAAUCAUACCAAUUGUUUGGAGCUAGGAGCAUAAUCAUAAUCAUGAGGUCCACCUUCUGCUGUUAAAUCAUAGCAAUUUUUUUGGGGGGUUUGAGUUUAAGGAAUGAAAAAUGGGCAUAAAAUGGAGCAUCAUGGUUGGCACAUGCAAGCAAGUUGGGAAUGAAAAAGUGUUGAUGUGGUGGUGGUUUUGAAAGCAAAGAUUUUUCAGAUUCUUAUGCUCCUCUUUGCAGAAUCUAAGAUAAUAGACUCCAAUUAACAACACCAAGAUGUCCCGUUUUGGUUCUCCUCAGAAAACUGAGACAAGUCACAGUCCCAGCAUCAGCACCACCAGCAACAGCACAAGUCCAAGUGGCGGUGAUGGCGGCGGCGGUGGUGGUGAUGUGGUGCUGAAAUGGGGACACAGAAAGAGAUCAAGGGCUUCCAGAGCAGCCACAGAAGAUUCACACUCUUCUGUUCACACCAAGCAUAGGAGGAUCAACAACACUGUUCCUGCCCCUCAGGGUGCCAAAUUUUCCUCUGCAUCCAUGCCGCCACCGCCGCUUGUUUCUUCUGCUGCUGCCUCCAUUGGCAGAGGUAGAAAGGAUAGCCCCAGGUACUUGGAAGAUGGGUCUGCAGCUGGAAGUGAAUCACCUUCAAGAAAUGGCCAGAAGGAUGCUAGAUCUGCAGCAUCAAAACUGUGUCCUUCUUCUGCUGUAGAAAGAAGUACCAGAAGGAUACCUUGUUCUGGAUCAGCAAAGUGUCAGAAACCAAGUGGAUCUUCAGCAACAACACAAGCCUCUGAGAGAGUGAAUGGUCAUGGGGAUUCUGCUGCCUCAGUACAAUCUCAACAGGAAGGUAGGGUUCCCCCUGCUCCUGCUCCCUCACUCACUGCCAAUGGAGACAAGGUCACUGUUCAAGUAAUUGAGUGGCCAAGGAUAUGCAUAUCUCUCUCAAGAAAGGAGAAAGAAGAUGACUUUCUUGCCAUGAAAGGGACAAAAAUCCCUCAGAGACCAAAGAAGAGAGCAAAGAAUGUUGACAGAACUCUACAGUACUGUUUUCCUGGAAUGUGGCUAUCAGACCUGACAAGGAGCAGGUAUGAGGUUAGAGAAAAGAAGUCUGUGAAGAAGCAAAAACGGAGAGGCUUGAAAGGAAUGGAAAGUUUGGAAAGUGAAUCUGAGUAGCACAUAACCUAGUUUGCCAUUCAAAGCUAGGUAGGUGGGUGAGAGGUGAAAAUUCACAAAGAAGAGGCAUUCUUUUUAAAAGUCUCGAGAGCUAUUGGUGUGGAAUUACUUAAAAGUAAGGUUACACUGACCACUGGGUCCCCUUUCUUCAUUACCUUGGUAUUGUAGUUGGGCUCACAUUACCAAGUGCAUUGUAUAGGGCUUAUCUAAUUAAUUACAUUCGGAGUUGUAGUAAUAUGAAGAACUAUAACACAUUUAAGAGCUCAUUUUGAUACUAGUUAGAAAGUAUGGAAACGUGAAAAUAACAUAUCCUGAGAUAUUUUUUGUUGAUGUUACUUCAAGUGUUGCAAGAUAUGUUAUUUUUCUGUUUUCAUACUUUCUAACAAGUAUCCAGAUGAGCUCUCAUCUUUUUGGCGUGGAAGCCAAUACCUGGCAAGUUCUGGAGGCCACUCUUUCAAAUCUGUCAUUAUCAUAUAUGAUGGACCUUCAAUUUUGAAAAUGUAAGGGGGGAGGAAAACUGACUUGCGGAUUUGAAAAUUGGGAUGCUACAUCAUGAAUUCCUUUAAUUUAAACUAGCACAUUAUCA